AUGGAGUUUUUCUUGCUUGUUUUUGUUUUCCUUCCAGGUUUGUACAAGAAAUCUGGAAAACUUGUGUUCCUGGGCUUGGAUAACGCAGGCAAAACCACUCUGCUGCACAUGCUCAAAGAUGACAGGCUGGGUCAGCAUGUCCCCACACUACAUCCCACAUCAGAGGAGCUGACGAUUGCUGGAAUGACCUUUACGACUUUUGAUCUGGGUGGACAUGAACAAGCGCGCCGGGUCUGGAAGAACUACCUGCCCGCCAUCAAUGGGAUCGUCUUCCUGGUGGACUGCGCGGAUCACUCGCGUCUUAUGGAAUCCAAAGUUGAACUUAACGCGCUAAUGACAGACGAAACAAUAUCCAACGUGCCAAUCCUUAUCUUGGGUAACAAAAUCGACAGACCGGAGGCCAUCAGCGAGGAGAAACUACGGGAGAUCUUCGGGCUCUACGGACAGACCACGGGAAAGGGAAACGUGCCACUGAAGGAGCUGAACGCGCGCCCCAUGGAGGUGUUCAUGUGCAGCGUGCUGAAGAGGCAAGGCUACGGCGAAGGCUUCCGUUGGCUAUCGCAGUACAUUGACUGAUACUUGGAGGGACAUAAAGAGUUUUACUCCUCUGGGCUGAUCCUGUUCGCAGCUUCCUAUGGACUUUUCUAUUAGAACGCGGAAGGCUUUCCAACCGCAUACUGGCAUUGACCAAGAGACUCCUGGUUUUUGGCUGCCCUAUUGCACAGUGGUGACACAACUCUUUUCCACGUUGACGGGGAGACGGCACCGUUCUGCACGCGGGUGCAAACUGUCCCUUUCAGUUCGGUUUACAGCGGGGCUGGUGUGAUCUGGGAAGUAAAACUCCGCACGCUGCACUGUAACAGCUGAAAAAGAGAGCACGUCUCACCACUGUGGUUAAUUGACUUAAAAAAAACAAAAAAAAAAUGAAAAAGCAAUUAUAUUUUUUAAAGAAAGUGUUAAUGUAAACAGUGUCCCUUCUAACAUUUUAGUUUAACGUUCAUCUUGUUUAGUCCAGAGUCUGGUUAGGCUUUUUUAAAAAUAUAUUUAACGAUAUUUAGAAAUUUCACCAAUUACUGAACCAAGGUAUCACGAUAUUAGAAGUCCUCAAUAAACAUAGCAUUUGGGCUCAACCGA